UAGUGCAUUUAAAACGACGAACCGCGUUUGGUCAAGUGAAAGCAAUUUGAAAUACGAGAAAAGUUAAUAAAAGUCUAAUUUGAUAUACGAAAAUGUUUGGAAAAAUAGUAACAAUUUGUAUGUUUUUGGUGUUGGCGUCAACAUUAGUCUCGAGUCAGUCCUGUGGCACCUGUAUGGAUAAUUUCGCAUUAUGUGUAAAUGAGACCAGCUACCAACUAUGCUAUGAAGCGACAACAUUGGGACCGUCUGAUGAAGAAAUCUACACUUGCCCAAACAAUCAAUACUGCACGGAUUCGGAAAAUAUAUGUGAGGCGAACCCGGAUGGUGUCAAUAUUAUAGCGGUUUGUGCAGGUCAGGAAGAUUCUACAGCAUGUAGCAGUACAUGUACUGGCAAGACAAAUGGACAGCUCAUUUGCUUAAGUUCAACGCAAUUCGGCAUAUGUAGAGGUACGAGUACAACAACGUUGGUACCUACCAGUCCCCUCUCUUGUCCGACAGAUCAAGUGUGUAGUGAGGAAUUGGUUUCGCAAUUAAGCUUGAAGAAAGUAUGUGCGCCGCAAGCAGUGCUGGAUUACUUUGAAUUAAAGUCCACAUGUUCAAAUGAAAAUGCGGUAACUCAAGCCACCACUACAGCAUCAACAUCACCAACAACACCAGUGGAUACAUUAAGUGCAUGUGAAACCUCGGGCAAAACCGGAUCUUAUUUCCAAAUAGCAAACCCCGACGAUUGCCAAUCAUAUAUAUAUUGUCAACGUGACGGCACCUCCUACAUAUCAAUGGUUCUGAAGUGUAAAGCCGGUCUGUUCUACAGCGUUGCGCAGAAUAAAUGCAUUAGUGGUGUACAGUGCCCACAAUGAUUGCGAAGAGAUUAUUAUAACGAGCAAGCUUGAAGAAUGCCAAUUUGAUUUUUUUAACCAAACUAGAUACAGUUUUUAGAAAAUACACUUUUAUUAAAUAGCUUGUACACUCAUU